GUAAGGGUCCCAACCACCCUCUUGCACAGAUUUCGCAAGUCCAUUUUGACUACGACAACAAAACAUGAUGCGUGCAUUUAUUGUCAAGCGUACUUUUCACACAUCGCUCCUAGCCCGCUCGGCAAUCAAGAAGGAAUCCUCUAACCUGUCUCCACAUGGUGGGGCAGGUAUCGCCCAAGGAGACCUGCAAAGAACCAAAGCCGCCGUGGGUGACAAGUUCCAGCAUCUUCCACCAGGAUGGGCUAAAAACGAGAGAAACAAUAAAUACUACGAGCUCGCAUGUAGUGGUGCCGACAGGGCUCAUCCACCGCCAAAGCCCGCCAAGAGCUAAAACAGCGGACAAUAGUUAUGGAAAAAUCGUUGACCUCUUAUGUGCAGCAGAUGAAAUAUAUUGCCAGACUAAAACCGUAAAGUUAAGACAAAUACUGGUGUUCAGACUAGCCUAUGUGCCUCCCGUUGACCGUUACGUUGAAAGUAUUUGGUCGCGACACCUUUGGUCUGGGGUGUGCUCGGCCCACCAACAGCCC